AAUGCCUGCAAACUGGGUGGAGGUUCCUGUCGUACGAUUGUGGAUGGCUUCUACAUCGAAAUUGGAUUAUGUCUUCUUGUUGGUCUUGUAUCCUACUUCACGAUCCUUCGUGGAAUGGCUAAGUCAUUGGACUGUCUUCCACUCAAGGCCUAUCGACUUCAACGGAAGACCUCUGAGUCUCUGUCAUCAUCAGCAGAAUGAGUUUUAG